AUGGACAACUCCUGCGGGAAAGUCUUCUCUAUUUUAACACAGUAUAAUAAAAGAAAAGAUCUUAUACUAUAUGGUAUACCAUUUAAACAAAAUGAAAAUACGUAUGAUGUAGUAUUAGAAUUAGCUGCUAGUGUUGAAUUGCAAUUGAACAAAAAUGAUUUUUAUGCUAUUCAUCGUUUGCCAUUAUCUAAGCGAGGUAAAGAUAAAUCGCGACAAGCUAUUAUUAUUAGUUUUCUACGUUUUACUGGCAGAAAUAAUUUUUAUGAUGCACGGAAAAAAUUAAGACAAAUCGAACGAUAUAAGGAUGUAUUUAUUAAUGGACAUUUAACACCAUUGAACAAUCAUAUUUUUCAAUACGCUAAACAAAAUCUAAAUAAACAACAAGUAUUCACACGUAAUGUUUGUACUUGGUAUGGGCCGUUUGUUGAUCCUAAAAUUGCAGAUAUUUUACCAUCAUCCUCCGUUUUCCUUCAUGAGUUUAAAGUUGAAUUGCCAGAUGUUGAGAAGUUGUUACGUAGGUUAGAUCUUAGUCGUUCGUGUACCUCCAAUAACUAAUCGUAUGUUAAAAAAUAUGAUUCCUUCGAUUGUGCAACCUUUGACCACAUUGGUACAUGCACAUUGGUACACAUUGGUACAAUCGUUUCAAACCUCUACUUUUCCCUUUCAUUGAAAAAAUGGUAUCGUUAACCCUUUGUAUAAAAGUGGAGCUAAACUAGAAAGAUCGAACUAUCGUCCUAUAACCCUUUUACAAGCCUUUUCUAAGGUACCAGAGCGUUUAGUUCAUAAGCAAUUGUAUACACAUUCCCAGUAUACACAUUGUACACUUCUUUCGUAGGCUUUAUGAAAACCGGGUUACAUCCUCUUGAUCGAAGUAAUGUGAUCAAAGAAAAAAUCCUACGAAAUGUAGACUCUAAUGUUGAAUGCAAUACUCAAUCAUUAUUAAAUCUAAC